UCUUCUUGUUUUUCUUUUUCUUCUUCUUCUUCUCCUUUUAAUUCCUGUAGCUUCGGCCAACAGUUUUUAUUUCUGGGAAUGUCUUUAUAUAAUUCCCCUUUUGUCAGGAAAUUAAGAGGGUGGCAUCUCUAUAUUUGAAAAAAGCAAUUAUGAACAAAUCAAAUCUGUUUCGUCUCCCAUUGGGGUUUGGCCGGAAACGAAUUCAUUCAUCACUCCUCCAUUCCUUCGAUCGGGCAGAGAUCGGCGGCGGCCGUCCGAUCGUAAUGCCGGCUCAGGCUCCGUCCGGCUCCGGUUCCGGCGGCGGCGGCGGCGCGGCAUGGCGCCACCUGCUCCUGCUCCUGACGGCCCUCCCGCUCGCGCUCGCCUUCCUCGCGUUCGCCCUCCAAUGGCGCGGCGGCGGCGUCGAGGACCCCGUCGCGCGCUGGCCCCCGCACGCCUUCCCCGGCAUGAAGGCUUCUCACUCCGCCGCUGCUGACCUUAGGUUACCGUCCUCCGCCUGCGACGAGGUCCUCGUCGGCUCCUCCUCGCCGGCCUUCCCCUACCUCCGCGGCUGGUCUUUCCAAUUCGACGCCGCGCACAACCCCAAGGUGUGCGUCCAGACGAGCACCUCCGCCGGGCUGGAGCAGAUCCUGCCGUGGCUCUUCUACCACAAGGUCGUCGGCGUCGCGCACUUCCUGCUCUUCGUCGAAGGGAAGGCGGCCAAGCCCGGCGUCGCGGGGGUCCUCGAAUCCAUUCCCGGGGUGAAGGUGGUGUACAGGACAAAGGAACUCGAGGAGCAACAGGCCCGCAGUCGAAUCUGGAACGAAACCUGGCUUGCAGGUUUUUUCUACAAACCUUGCAACUACGAACUAUUUGUCAAGCAGUCACUUAAUAUGGAGAUGGCUAUUGUAAUGGCCCGGGAUGCUGGCAUGGAUUGGAUUAUGCAUCUAGACACCGAUGAGUUGCUAUAUCCUGGUGGAGCUGCUGAGUAUUCUAUCAGACGUUUAUUAGCUGAUGUCCCUGGUGAUGUUGACAUGGUUAUCUUUCCUAACUAUGAAAGCAGUGUUGAGCGAGAUGAUAUAAAAGAUCCAUUCAGUGAGGUUUCUAUGUUCAAGAAGAACUAUGAUCAUCUCCCAAAAGAUACUUACUUUGGCAUGUAUAAGGAAGCAACAAGAGGAAAUCCUAACUAUUUCAUUACUUAUGGAAAUGGAAAAUCUGCUGCACGAGUUCAAGAUCAUCUCCGUCCAAAUGGUGCGCAUAGAUGGCAUAACUAUGCAAAGAGCCCAAAUGAGAUAAAGCUGGAGGAGGCUGCAGUUCUGCAUUAUACAUACACCAAAUUUUCAGACUUAACAUCUAGACGUGAUCGCUGUGGAUGCAAGCCUACAAAACAAGAUGUUAAAAGAUGUUUCAUGUUGGAUUUUGACAGACAAGCUUUUAUAAUUGCAUCAACUGCUAGUGAAGAGGAAAUGCUUCGCUGGUACAAUGAACGCGUUGUGUGGAACGAUAGGCAGCUCAAUCUAAAGCUUCUCAGGAAAGGAGUGUUAACUCGCAUAUAUGCCCCCAUGGCAAUUGUUCAAGGUCUGAGAGAGUCCGGUGUCUUCACUAAAGUCAUUGCAGCUGGCCAAUCUGCUGUGAAUGGUAAAGUUCCACUGAAGCAACACGACGCCCAGAACAAGACCGAUCCUAAAACCACAGAUAUAUCUAGGAAAUUCAUCAAAGCUAAUUCUAGGAAAAUUUUGAACAUCAUAGAAGAGUCUGCCAACAUGGAUAGUGAUGCAUCCGCUGUUCCCCCUUUGUCACCCCCCAGUUUGGAUGAUGAGCAUGAAUUCCAUGUAAGUUGUCCAGGCACUGACAGAAGCAUGGAUGGAUAGUCUUAACUUGCUCCCGUUUGGUGAUCAACUGAUAUAUAUCCAGGAUACAUUGAUAAAUAUAAUGUAAAUUUGUUCAUGGCACAGUUUUUGUACCCAUUUUUUUAGCUAGUAACAUGGAGAUGCAUGACAAAAGAUAUGCUACAUACAAUCAUACAAAGAUAUAGAAUACAAGGAUUUGUGAUGAAUUCACUUUUCUUUUCA